ACACACACACACACACACACACACACACACACACUUUUUUUUUCUUUUGCUAUUGCAGCUUUUCAUGACGCGGGAAAAGUGUAAACAAACCAAUGUUUACAAGUUUCAGCUGUAAUGUCCCAUCGUUUAAUGAAGUUUCGAGCUAAUAGCUGAUAGCAUGGCAGUGACAACUAAUGUCAAAAACUUCCUGAAGAACAAGCACAUAACAGUGCCAGAUGAGUGGAUUACAGCUUGUGUUGAGUGGGUGCAGUCGGAGAAUCCAGGACUAAAUUUAUCAAACUCAAGACUACUGAAUGACAAAGUCUACGAGCAGUGGCUUCAUGCAGAUUUAACAGAACUUGGAACAUGCUCUUUGCCGUUUGGCUUAUCCCAAAAGAGGACUGCACCCCUGUCAGGUUAUUUUGCUUUACAGAUAAAUAGUGUACGAGAUGUGGGGCAGCCAGCCUAUGCUCAGUUGCAGAGAGUGCGCCGGGCUGAUAAUGAAAAUGCGAGAGUCAGUGCAGAACAGUCACAUCAGCCUGCAUGGGAACCCAAGCCAUCAAGAAUGCUCAUGAUGCAGUUGACAGAUGGCACAAGUGUUGUACAGGGGAUGGAGUACCGAGUGAUUCCAGCUCUGAACCACAACCUGAAGCCUGGUACAAAGAUUCUCAUUUCGGGAAACAUUACCUCAAGACAUGGAGUACUUCUGCUAACCCGUGAGAACAUGACUGUGUUAGGGGGAGAGGUAGAGUCCUUACUCGUAACAAAUGCUCUGGAGAAUGUUCUUGCUCGAAAGCUAGGCAUGGAAGAGACACAACAGCCACAACAAUUUGAGGAUAUAGCUCCCACUCAGGUUCCUCCAAGCCAAGCCUCCCAGUACUAUCCAUCGCAGUUAAAUCCUACAGUAAACAGGUCCCAAAACAACAGGGGUGGAGGACAACAAACUUUGGCAGCCAACAGAUCACAGAAUAAUGUUACGCCCGCACCAGUAAUUGACUUAGAUGAUCUGGGUGAUGAUGAUUUUCUUGAUGCUGAGUUUGAGGCAGCCUUAAGCCAGAUAGAGAGCCAGGCAUCACAGUCAUCAUCUUUAGGUAGUCAGAAUAGACAGAUGAGGACUAACAGUAAUAAUCAAAGAGAUAUUGGACAUGAUAGAAACAGUGCUAAUGUAAGAGCAGGAAAUGGUCAGGCUGGAAAUAGAAACUCAGGUGUUGAUGAAGACUUUGAGAUGGAUGUUGAUGAUUCCUUCUUCAAUGAUGAUUUUGAUGAAGAUGUUGUCCUGGCAUCUGGGAGACAGGCACAACAGCAGUCUACAGCUAAACCAUCCUCUAGUGGGUUUUCUCAGCAAAGAAACUCAUUGCAGUCACAAGCUUCUUCAAACGUUUUUGCUGGUACAUCAUCCAAAAGCUCUAAUUCACAUGUAAGACCAAGUUUAAGUCAGGCUGCUAGAGCAAAAACCGCCAAACCAAAACAAUCAAGUCUCAAGAGCUUUCUUACUAGACCUGAAGAAUCAGAAAUGGUUACUGGAAGAUCUAACUCACCAGUUUCUGUGUACACUAUAGAUGAUGAUGAUUUUAUGGAUGAUAUUUCCCUAGACACUGAUGAUUCCAUGAACAUAUCUGUUUCUAAAACUUCUGCAAAUCAGUCUUUAGCAUUAAAGUUGAAAAGUGCUUCAUCAAGCAAGAUUAAUGAAUUCAAAACUCCAGGAGCUCCAGUUAGCAAAAAGCAAGAAAACAGAAGUGUAGCUGACACUGUCAAACAGGAGCCACCUUUCAGCUACUUGUGCUUCUUGCCAGAAAGGCCUACAGUGACAAAGGAAAUUGUUGUAAAGGGUUUCAUCAUGACUUUGACGUCACGACUGGAACAAGUGGAAGGCAAAUGGAAACUGACAGUCAUCAUUAAUGAUGGAACAGCCUCAUGUGAAGUGGAUAUCGAGGACCAGAUCCUGCAAAACCUUAUUGGUAUGAGCACAGAGGAAAUGAACAUGAAGAAAAUUGAAGCAAGGACCAACCCAGCCCUGAAGGCACAGUUGGCUAAGGCAGUCAGUGGUUGUCAGCGUCAGCUGAUCUCACUCUGUAGUCUUCUUCACAUCAGAGUGUCCCCCAGUUCUGCAAGGCCCAAACUAACAGCCAUCAAUGCUGUUGAAAAUGCAAUGGUACAGCAGCUAGCACAGAGGAUAUAUAUGUUUUCUCAGAAAUAAUGGUAGACAUCUUUUUUUUAUAAAUUCAAUUAUUUCCUUAACCUCAAGUCAUAUAAAGGAUUAAAAUAAAAAAGUGUAUAAUUAUAGCUAUUUGAUAUGUACUUCAGAAUAGAAUAUAUUUUACACUGCAUGUUCAUAUUGUUUUUUCUUGUCUUAUUUUCUUUUCCCAAUAAGGGGUAGAUAGCAUAUUCUAGAAUUUCUUAAGAGUCAUAUGCAAAGAGAUUUUUGAAGACUAAUGACCAUAUUUGUAUUUCCAAGUAAAUACACUGUAAGAAUGAA